AUGGCUCGCUUCUUCUCCAACCCUAAGCCUAUCCCUGCUCUCGUCGCCGAUCAUAUUUCCCUCCCUGUUAACAGAUGUACUUGGGGUAUAUCUAGACGGGGUUAUGCUGCAGCGGCGGCGCCAGGCGUUGCGGCGACCGCGGCGGGAGGAGGAGGAGGAGGAGGAGGAAGGAGCGGCGCGGUGGUGAAGAAACAAGGAGAACAGACGGGGAAGGCGACGUCUUCGUGGGUCCCAGAUCCCGUCACCGGCUACUACCGGCCGGAGAAUCUCGCCGACGAGAUCGACGUCGUCGACCUCAGAAAUAUGCUCCUCAGGCACAAGAACUGA